UUGUACUUUUCCUUCCUCUCCACUUCAUAGAAACUAUGGGGAACGCAGGGAGUGCCCCAGAGGAAGUUGAAGGGGACCACACGUGUCCAGUAAUAAGCUAUCAGGCUCUCCCUGAAUCUCCUGCAACUGUUAAAAAUGGAUCUGCUGUAUUUGCCCAGGAUCAUUCUCCUGCAAUGAAUGGUGGAGUGGCUGUGAAGGAGAGUGGUGCACGGGAUAAUGCAGCUGCUUCUUCCCCAAAGACAAAGGAGCUGAGUGCUGCCGUGGUGGGCAGGGAGGCUGCUGGGAGCGCUGCCAGCAGGGCUCUGCCAUCUGCAAAGCUCCGCUCUGUCUUUGCGUUUUCAUGGUCUGUACCAGGGCGUACUGAAGACCCAGCGUUGGAUUCAUCGGUCGGAUUGGCGAAGCUUGAUGUCAGCUCGGAGGCACACGGCGUGAACAAAGCACCGAGUGACAGCGCGGCCUCCCCUGCGGCAGCUGCGCCUCAGCACAGCACCCAUAAAGAGCCAGACCAGGCCCUGCCAGCAGCCGCACCUCAACUCAGCAGCCCCACAGUGCCAGGGACACCUGAGGGAGAGGAUGCGGUCGUGCUGAAGCCAAAACAAGUCAACUUUUUUGACAAGAUCUUCAAACUGGAGAAGGGGAAGGAGAGGAGCCAAGUGCAGCCGGGUGCCCAGGAGGGUGGGCAGCCUUUGGGUGCUCCUGACGGGCACAGCACUGCACAAGAGGCAGCUGGACCGCAGAGUGCUUCCCACAGCAUCCCGACUGAGAAGGAGAUAGAUGACUGCAACCAGAGGGACCUCCGGCAGGACUCAGCAGGUGUCAGCGGUCUCCCUGCUGGGCAGCCUGAAAAGGCAGAGGUAAAGCAAGACAACACCCAAGCAGCUGCUGCAGUGGACAACAACCCCGUCAUGAGUUUCCUUAAAACGCUGGUCUCCCCAAGCAAAGCUGAAGCCAGAAGUGAACCUGAAGACAAGGGAUCGAAAGCAGAACAAGGCCGUGGUGGGCAGCCUGCUCCGAAGACUGCAGAAUCCCCAACCAAAGGAGCCAAGAAAAAGAAGGCAGAGAGUCCCAAGCUAGGACACAGCACGUUUAGCAAACUCUUUAGGCAUAAGGCUGUGAAGGAGACCCAACAGACGACUAACACCAAAAUAAGUGAACAGCAGCCUGUCACCUCUGUAAAAUCAGACAAAAAUGUUCCUUCUGCUCAAGAGCCACAGACAGCUAAGCAGAACACAAAGGCUCCUGAGCCCACAGCCCAGCAGCAGGCAGCAGCCACUGAAGCCCCCAGAGAGGCAGCAAAGGAGAAAGGGUCAUCCACCCCCAUGCCACUGAGCAAACUCUUUUGGAAAAAGAACGCAUCGGAAGAAGCAGAGUUUGCUCACAGUGAGAAAGCAGACGCAUCUCUAGAAGCUGUGACUCCCGACAAAGACGAGAGGAGCCCAGAAGUGCUGGAAGUGAAACCUAGAAGAGAAGAAAGCAAAACCCCCAAAGCAAACCUGAGGAAGUUUUUUAAACUGUCAGGCAGGGGCAGUGGAGGGCCGACCCCCCUGGCAGAGGAGAUUGUCCCCAGCCCUGGCCACCAAACGCUAAACUCCACAGAGAGGCCAGUUGCAACAGCUGAAAGUGAACCAGUGGGCCAAAAAAGCAAGGAGAGUUCCAAAGACAAGAAGCCGCCAGCGGAGCUGAGCAAGCAGAAGGGCAGCAAGCAGGAAACCAGAGAGCAGCCAGACUGCAGGGAGCAGCACGCAGCUGAGACCGACUCCAUCCAGAGCGGAGGGGAUGCUGCCAAGGACCCCACCUCCUUCAAGAGGAUGGAGAAGAGGCAGUCGUUUGGAGGGUUUUUUAAAGGCCUUGGUUCCAAAAGGAUGUCUGAUGCUGAAGUGCAGACAGAUCCAGUGUCUAUCCUACCUGCUGGGAAAUCCAAGUAAUGGCUGUGGGAGGAUGGGCAGCUCCCUGUGAGCUCACCUGCACCAGAGAUGAUGCAUUAUUUUCCUUUAGGUGGCUGUCAUCAAAUGCCCAAGGCUCAAGCAAACGCUGGAGUAUCUUGUAAGGUGUAUCAUUUGCAGGGUUUGUUCUUUAGAUGUUAGAAAGAAAAUGUGAAGAUCAUCAAGAAUGUGUAGUAGUAUAUUUAAAGAAAGGUCAUGUGGAUGAUUUUUAGCCUGUGGAAGGUAGGGAAUGUAAGGUAAGAAAGUGGCAGUGAAUUAAAUAAAUAGCAGAAAAAGUGCACGUGACAAAGGAAUGCAGUUUGUGCAGCAGGGUGUGAGCAACAAAUCCUCAGCUUUAGAGAGCUUUAAAUUAGCCAGGAAAAGAAAAUCUCCUCUGAUAAACGUUAUACUCAAAUGUAAAAACAACCAAGUCCCCUUUUGUGGUUUUCUAUAGUGCUGAAAUUAGCCAUAAGCCUGCAGUCCGAUAGAAUCAGCGGUUCUAAAGUUACGCUUCGUCUUGGUUAUUAAUGUAAAUUACAAAGCUAAAACGCAAAGGUUUUUCCGUGGUUGAGGCAACUUCUCUCCUGUCUUGGCGAGGCAGGAUAACAAAUUUAAAGCUGUUUGAGGUUCUAAUGGAACACACGGGGGCAGCCGCGUCCCCACGCUGCCCUAACGCCAGGCUGCGCCUCCGAUCCUGCUCCUAAUGUUUGGCAGAUGAUAGGAAGAAAUGCUUAGCUGCUUCCGAUAUUUGUUUAUAUUCGUAUUUGUAAUUAAUCCUAAUAAAAUCAAAGCUGCCCAGGCAGCUCCCUGCUUCACGAGGCUCCUGUAAUAACUGUGGUUAAUAAAUUUUACAGAAAACAGAGGUGUUGGUGCCUUAUUCAGCCCUGGGCUCACUCAAACAAGGAGCUGUAAGCCUGAUGUUUUAAGGCACGUUUGUGUCUGAAAGAUGCAGUACUGUACGUUAUUGGCUCCUUAUGAUUAAAUAAAUAAAUACUAAUCCUUUAAAAAAAAAAU